GUGGAAGCCGCGGGGCGAGCACCGCGAUGCUAUCGACGGUGGCAGCGACAGGCCACCUUUGUCCGCGGCCGCCGCCGAGGAGAGGCCCCGCGAGCAGAGCGAGGGGAAGGCGCGGAAGCUGGGCCAGUGGGCCAAGGACUGGGCAGAUCUGGGCCCUGAGCCAGGGGGCCGCCAGCCAGUCCACCGCCAGCUGAUGGGGCCCCGGCGGGGCGCGUUCCGCGCCGUUCACAGCCCGGCGGCAGUCGCACCGUUGCCAGGGGCCUUCGGCACCUUGGGCAGGGUCCAUUUCGGUCCGAUCGAUUCCAAGGGGUCGCGAAGUUGA